UGUUGUGCUUUACUUACUUACUGACAUGGAUAAUUUAAUAUCUGUCAGAUUUUUGUUUCUAUGUUUCAUAAUGUUAUAUGACGUUCAAUGUCAGAGUAAAUCAAAUAUAAAACAGUUAUAUAGUGAUGUGUUUUCAAAUUACCAAAAAUCAAUUGUUCCUAAUUCUGAUUUUUCUUCACCUCUAAAUAUAACUGUGAGUUUAUAUUUGAUCACCAUAACUCGAUUUCAAGAAGUUGACCAGACGCUUGAUCUAGCAGCUGGAUUAAAGGCGAGUUGGAUAGAUGAGGACUUAUCGUGGAAUCCGUCUUCAUAUGGUAAUGCAGAAGACAUAGUGGUACCUUUGACCGAUGUUUGGACCCCAAACUUUGUACUUGUAAACUCAGUUGCAACAUAUGAACCGUUAGGUGGAGACAACGCUAAUUCUGCAACACUCGAUAACACUGGUGAGGUGUCUAUAUUUGUUGGCGACGUAUUGUCAUCUAAGUGUACAACAAAUAUAUAUAAGUUUCCGUUUGAUUCUCAGACGUGUUAUCUGAGAUUCUAUGUGUCGAAAAUGCCAUUGAGAACAGUAACAUUGAAUCCAGCUUCUAAUCCUGUUCAACUAGCCUUUUUCACACCAAAUUCGGACUGGUCAUUACAAUCAUAUAAAGGUGAAACGUCAAUUUGGAAUGGAUUUUCUUUAUUUACCUUCACACUAACAAUACAACGUUCGCCUUUAUAUUACACAGUAUUAGUGUGUGCUCCUACUAUAUUGUUUGGAUUACUCAAUCCAAUGGUGUUUUUACUUCCGGUAGAAUCUGGAGAACGAAUAGGACUUUCAAUAACUAUAUUACUAUCUUAUGCAAUAUUUUUGUCCAUGGUACAAACGGCUAUACCAGCAACGUCUAAUCCAAUGAGUCUUCUCUUAAUCAUAAUGAUUGUUACUAUAUCAUUAAGUGGAAUCAUUCUGGCUUCAACAAUUUACAUAUCUUUGAUUUAUCAUAGAGAUCCAAAGACUAAAAUGAACUUUUUCUGGAGGUUUAUUGGAACUAGAAAUAAUACAUUAACAGGCGUGCAGCCAUUUACAAAAAAUUGUAAAGAAGAGAAUAUGAAAUCGUUGACAGAGACAAGUCCCUCUUGGAAGGAAGUAUGCGAGAGAUUUGACAAUAUUGUGAUGGUUAUAUCAUACUUUAUCCUUUUCAUUAUAAACUGUGGAUAUUUUAUAGCUGUAUUGAGGUGAUAUCAUUUUAAUGAGUUAAUAUCAUAAUGUUUCUUAUCAUAAUAGACUAAAUUACAUAUGAUUUUUACUGCAUGAAACUAGCAUUAAAUUAACGUAAAUUUCAUAUUUUUCGAAUUGGUGUUGAGCGGGCUGGUAUGAAAAGUUUAUGACAGGCUUCGAUUGUUAUCGCAUGGCAUUCCGGUGAUACUCGGCAAUUUUCUGAGAGUACACCUCAAUGCUACGUUUUUAGUGAAAAACAUUACAAAGUAGUGUA